ACAUGCCACAAUUCUCGACUGUUUUACUUUUUUUUCAAUAUUCUGAUCACCGAAGAGAAAGUUGAGAGUUGUUUAUUUGCAUGUAUUGGGUAAUGGUUGGUGGAUCUGUGCCUUGACCUAAACAGUGUUAUCGGAUUAAACUAUUUUCCCUGUAAUUGUUAAUUAUUUUAAGGCUAAAAUUCAAAUAGAUAUAUUGGUGUUCUAGAAUAGCUGGUGGGCAUUCUUAGUUUGAGAGUUUUUUAUCAGUUUAUUGUCAGUAUUGGCAAAGAUGAAGCCAAUGUCGGGGAGGUGAGCAGCAGCACGUGGCUGGAAGUAAACAAAUUGGUGGCGCGUGGUAGUGGUGGUGUCGUGGUCACUGUGGUGUAUUCUGUAUUGCUCGCUAGUGCCACUGCAAAGGCCACCAUACACCUCCCUAAAAAGAACUGUCAUAACACAGCAAGCCAAGUGUUAUAGUUUACCAAGCCCUUGAAUCGCGAAAAGGGAAACGGAAGGAUUGUUGAAGGUUUCAUCGUGUCAGGUACUGUGUCAUCUGACUGGAAGAAGUCUACCAUAGUACCACUAUUGCAUAUGGUAUCAUUCUUUUAGGAGAGCCAUGACUCAGUUGAAGCAGAAGGGUGACCUGUUUUCGGUCAAGGUAAAAAAAGACCAGAAAGGCAGUAAGAAGAAGAAGAAGCAAGGUGGAAGGAAAGGAGAUUGGAAGAAAUCACGAAAAGAUGGCCAUCCAUCUAGCAUUGAUGCUGAGCCAUUGACUUAUAAGACACUAACUGUGGGUCAAGUUCUUCUUGGCUGCAUUGCUGAGGUGCUGGAUUAUGAGUUGGUAGUGAGCCUUCCACACAAGCUGGUAGGGAGUGUCAGCCUGGCACACAUAUCAAGGCCAUACACAACACUUAUUUCCAAGUUGAAAGAUGAUGAGGAGGAUGAUGAGGAGGUGCAUGCCCUACAAGACCUGUACCAACCUGGCCAGUAUGUGGUGACAAGUGUUGUUUCCAUAGAGAAGAUUAAUAGCUUGACAAAAGUUAGCCUGACAUUGAUGCCAAAUGAGGUGAACUUUGGUAUCUCGGCCUCAAGCUUGGCAACGGGAUUAGUUUUACCUUGUGCAGUAGCUAGUGUGGAGGAUAAAGGCUAUGCAAUGGACACUGGCAUCACUGGUAUCAACGGAGCAUUCUUGAAGAAAGAAGACACAAAAAAGUCCUGUACUCUUGGGGUAGGAAGUGUGCUGCGAUGCAUCAUAACCAACAUCGUUGGAGCUGACGAAGAAGAUAGCUUAUACCUAACACUGAGUGCCAACUCCAAGGCAGUGAGAUCUGCAACCCUCAGCCUAAGUGACACAAGCAACGUGGCUCUACUUCUUCCUGGGACUGCUAUUAAAACCACUAUUUCAAAAAUUCAGAAUGAUGCUGUAAUCCUCAUGUUAGCAGAUAUUGAUGGCAUUGUGAGCUCUCUGCAUCUAGCCAAGCCUUUUGACAAGCUCAAGCAGUACAGAGUUGGAGACACUGUAGUAGCAAGAGUGCUGUAUGUUACUCCCCUCAGAAAGGUGGUUCACCUCACACUUCAAAAAAGUGUUUGCAGCAAGAGAUCUGCUACUGAUCCUGAAGAGGAACCUAAAACUGGAGACAUCCUUCGAGAAAAAGAAAUCUACAGGACAUCAUCCAGUGGAAUAUACGUGAAGCUGAGUUCAAAUUCUCGAGGAUUUUGUUCUGGCAACCAUUUGAGUGACAAGAGUAAGGUCCUGCAUCACAUAAUUCGAGACUAUCCAGUAGGCAAGAAGAUCACUUGUCGCCUCAUGAAAUAUAAUUACAUGGACCAACUCUUUAUUGUUUCUUUGCAGAAAUCUGUCCUUGAACAACAAUUUGUGACCUACAGAGAAAUGAAGUCUGGACAGGUUGUGCAAGCAACAGUGAUUGGAUAUGAUGAUGUUGGAGCAAAGUUGGCUAUAAGCAAAAGGAUUACUGGUCAUGUACCAUUUCUGCACCUUGCCAAUGACCCAGUGAAGCAACCUAAGCUCAAACAUGUUAAAGGUGACCAUGUCACUGCCAGGAUACUGAAGGUAGACUGGAAGAAGCACCAUCUCCUCCUUACUCUCAAGCCCAGGUUGGUGAAUGCAAAUGAACCCAUCCUGACUGAAUAUACUGAAGAAGCUGAAAACAUGGUCACAGUUGGCUACAUCAUCAAAAUUAUGCCUGUAGGCUUGUUGAUUGGUAUGUUCAAUGAUGUGAAGGGAUUCGCUCCCAAGUCCCAACUUGGCCUUCAGUCAAAAGAGGAUCUCAAUGUUGUGUUUGAGAAAGGUCAAGUUGUCCAAUGCAAGAUCCUCAAGGUGUAUCCUGAGAAGAAAAAUAUAAUUUUGAGCCUCCUUGUUGAUGGUGGUAAGUCAGUAAAGGUGCGCAAGUUGAUGGACGCUGUGGAGAUGAGAUCAAGAGUAAAGUGUGUUGUGGAUGAAGUGAUGCAAGAUGUCAUCAAAGUAAGCAUCCUUCCAGAAAACAUUAAGGCUUCUAUACCUGUGUACCAUCUCUCUGAUUAUACAAGUAAAUGUAACGUUCUCAAAGAUCUAAUUAAGGAAGGUCAUGAAAUAAUAAAUGCUGUGGUAUUCAGUAAAACAACUAGUUCCAUCACACUAACCCUCAAGUCCUCUGUGAGCUUCUGGAUUGAUCAUGGCAGUUCUGAAGCAGUGAAUAACACAGAUUUAAUACCAAAGGAGAGCUACCCAGCAGUUGUUUCUGACAUUAAGAACUAUGGAAUGUUUGUUGUAAUUCCCUCAGGAAAGGCAGGAAAUAGAAGCCUUUUGCAUGUGAAUAAUGUAGCCACUCCUAGCAUGUUGUGUGAAACUAAAGAAUAUGAAAUACUUCUUGGACAGUCUCUCUAUGUCUCUUUCAAAGAUAGAGAUGAAAAAAAUCGUCCCAUGUUGACAUCAGCUCUAAAAGACAACUUAACAAAUGGAACACAGUCCAGUCUUCAGGUGUUGUACAGCUAUCUAAAAGAUGAAGAAAUGGUUGCAAGAGGAUUUCAGGAAAGCCAAGAAAAGUUUGCAAAGUUUAGAAUUGGGGAUAAGGUGGUGGCAUUAGUGACUGAGGUUACAGACCAAAAGGUUCAUGUGAGCAUCAACAACAAAACUGUUGAAGGCAAAAUAACUGGUGAUCACCAGCCUGCCAAGGCUGCUCUAAAGGUAGGCCAGAAAGUAAAGGCUUGUGUUCUCUAUGUUAAUCAAGAAGAAAAGUCUCUUGAGCUCACUUUAAAACCAAGUUUAAUGCUUAAUAUACAUGUGAAUAAAAAUGAAAAGCUCAAAAUUGGAAUGAUAGUUAAAUGUGAAGUAAUUUUGGCAAAAGAAUUCUUCACCAUGGUGGUUAUGAAAAGUGAAUGUAAGGGAACAGUGGCCUAUCUACCCACAGUGAUGCAUAUGAACAGUUUUUGUCCCAGUUUAUUGAGUAGUGUGGGCAAGAAGUGCUGGAUGGUGGUGAAGCAUGUGGAGGGACCAUUGGUGCUGGGGAUCUUAAAGUGCCAUGACAAAGGGGAGGACUUUAACCUGACCUCCAAGCUUGCACAGAUUGCUUUCACUCCCUGUGAUGAAGGAGAGGCUGAUAGUAAGAGUGAGGAAGAGGAAAUAGACAUUGAGGAUAAUAGCAACAAAGAUGGACAAGACAUGGAGGAUUCUGAGACAAUAUCAGAAGUGCUUGUUGACAGUAGCAAAGAAAAAACAAAGAAGGUCAUUAAGAAGAGACAGUUGGAAACCAAGGAAACAAAGACAUCUAAGAAAGUAAAAACGGGAAAUGUGGUUAUCCCAGAACAAGGUGAUUUGAAUGAAGAAGACUCUAUUACAAACCCAGUGAAUGAGGGAGAGGAACCAAGUGAUAGUGAAAUGGAGAAUCUAAGGAGUGACAGUGCCAACCAAAAGCCUUGCCUCACCGUGAAGACUGGUUUUGUGUGGGAUGUCCCUGACACCUUGGAAAAUCCUGAGUUAGAUUCUGAAAGUGAGGAUGAAGAACAGUCUAAGAAAAGGAUGAAGCAGCUGAAGAAGUCAGAUCGCAUAGCAAUGGCACAAGAGGAGGAGCAGCGCCUGCAUCAAUUGGAGCUGUCACGAUUGGAAGAAAGUCAAACACCACAGUCGGCCCUGGAGUUUGAGGCAUUUCUCCAGAAAAGUCCUAACUCCUCAGCUGUUUGGAUACAGUUCAUCAGUUUUCACCUUGAGAGUGCUGAGGUGGACAAGGCAAAAGCUGUGGCUCACCGAGCACUCCAGGUGAUAAGCACACAAGAAGAGGAGGAGCGACUCAACAUCUGGACUGUGUUGCUGAGACUUGAAGUGUUGUAUGGCAGUCCAGAAACAGUGGCUGAAGUGUACAAGGAGGCUCUUACCACCAGUGACCACCUCAAGAUCCACCUUGCCAUGGCCAUGGUGUAUGCUGAGGCCAACAAGAUCAAGGAGGCAGAGGGAGUGUACUUCAACAUGACUAAGAAAUUCAGUCAGGAGCUCAGUGUGUGGGUGAAGGCUGGCAUCUUCUUCUUCAGCCACAACAUGAUGAAGGAAGGCCGCCACUACAUGGAACGGGCCCUGCGCUCCUUAGACAAGAAGGAUCAUGUGGAACUUAUUAACCGGUUUGGCCAGCUGGAGUUCCGGUUUGGUGAGAUGGAACGUGGAAGAACCAUGUUUGAGUCUCUACUGAGCACUUACUGGAAGAGGAUGGACAUUUGGAGUGUCUAUGUGGAUCUUCUAACAAAAAACAAGGAUAUUGAUGGAGCAAGAAAUGUACUGGAGCGCAUGACAAGCUUGAAGUUGAGACUCAAGAAGAUGCGAUUCGUCUUUAAAAAGUUUUUAGACUUUGAAAAGGAACAUGGGAAUUCCCAGAGUGUGGAGGCAGUGAAGCAGCGAGUGGAAGAGUUUGUAGCGACAACGCUUCAGUGAGAUGCAAUGACCCAAAUAUUACUUGUUCUACACCUGUUAUAACUAAUGUACUAUACUUAUUACAACAGUAAAAUCAUUAGUACUACAAAUUAAAUUUCUUGCCAUAAUAUCACAAUAACUAACCA